AGCACGCCCGACAACGCAUUUGCGGAAGAAUCCACUGUAGUCAGCUACGUAGGUAGGUGGCUUGCGCUGUCAAAAGGUGAAACUCAGUACUGUGACAGCCGAAGAUCUGUUUUCUGUGGAGAAAAUAUAUUGUUGCUUUCCACACAGACCAAAGAGAACAAACGGACAUGGCGACCAGCAGCCCUUGUGUUGUGAUUAGCGAUGACGAACAAGGAUAUGACCUAGACUUGUUCUGCAUACCAAAGCACUAUGCGGCAGACCUGGAGAGGGUCUACAUUCCACACGGACUCAUCUUGGACAGGACAGAGAGGCUGGCCAGGGAGAUUAUGAAAGACAUGGGAGGGCACCACAUUGUGGCCCUAUGUGUGCUCAAGGGGGGCUACAAGUUCUUUGCCGACCUGCUGGACUACAUCAAAGCUCUGAACCGCAACAGUGACCGUUCCAUCCCUAUGACCGUGGAUUUCAUCAGACUAAAGAGCUACUGUGUGAGCUUCCAACCAUGUCUACCACAUCAACCCAUAAAAUAUAUCUAUCACGUCAACCCCCCAAAAUUAUGCACAUCUGUUCAAACUAUUUUGUCUUAUCAGAACGAUCAAUCUACUGGUGAAAUAAAAGUAAUUGGAGGGGAUGACCUGUCUACACUAACAGGAAAGAAUGUCCUGAUUGUGGAGGAUAUAAUUGACACAGGAAAAACCAUGAAGACCCUUCUGCAACUCCUGCAACAGUACAAACCAAAAAUGGUCAAAGUGGCGAGUUUGUUGGUGAAAAGGACACCAAGGAGUGUUGGUUACAGACCAGACUUUGUAGGUUUUGAAGUCCCUGAUAAAUUUGUGGUGGGAUACGCACUAGACUACAAUGAGUACUUUAGAGAUCUAAAUCAUAUCUGCGUCAUUAGUGAAACAGGGAAGGAGAAAUACAAGGCGUGAACAUCACUUAUAAUCAUGUAUCAUUAUUUCUAUCGAUGUUUCAAUUCAUUUUUAUCUGAUUUGUUUUUUUUGGUCUAAAAAUUCAAAUCACCGUUGCAGCUCACAUGACAUGAGAAAUGCAUGCAUAGACCCACUCACUGAUGGAUACACACACACACACUUACACACGGUUUCUGCUCAGGGUUUCUGAGAAGUUGCAUGAAUACUGAUAUUGUGCUCCAAUUGCAAUGCUCUUGCUUGCCUCACAACAUAGUUAAUUUGAGAAACCACUUUGUAAAGCAGUCUUCAUUCCACAUUUGAAAUGUUAAGUUAGACCUCUACUUUUUAGUGAUAAUUGCUUGUUUGCCUUGUCAUCGGCAAAUAUAAUUUCUUCUGAGUGUGGCUGCUAGCAGUAUGUAGUUAUGAUUUUGAUUUCAGUCUUUUCCCAUGAAGUUUUUUCUGCAGCGUGACAAGUUUUGAAUCUCAUUACCAGCUUAAAACAAAGUGGUGUUGACUGAUUUGAGCACAUAUUUAUAUUGACAAGGAUAGCAGACAUUAAAGGAAGAUUAAUUCACUCAAUUUCAAGAUUUCACUCAAUUAUGUGUGAAUAAUGAAUAUUUCUUUUACUGUAUUUCAUCCAUAUUCUUAUGUAAAUGCAAGGAAUGUAUUUUAAGCUCGAAUGUACUGUAAAACAAAUUCAGUGCCACAUAAUUCUAUUCCAAAAGUAUAAACUCAGCAAUAUAAUUUUGUAAGCCCAACCAUUAAACCCUUUGUCUGUAACAGAACAUUAUUCAGUUAUUGAUUCCAUAAUUUUAAAUGAUUGACUGUUUUAUUGCUGACAAUUAAGUCAUUGUUAAAGGUAUAAAGUGCCAUGAAACGAUGUUCUUCUACAGGCAGGCCUGAUUCAAGCAGAAUAGAAACACUGGAGACCAGGUGAAGCCCUGUUCCAAUGCGUAUGUGCUGCUUCUGAACAACAUAUUUGAAUUGUUUAUUUAAAUAAAAAAAGGGUUAUGGACACAA